AUGACAGUUGUGUCCCGAUAUUACGCUAUCCUGGCCUUUCCUUACUGGAUAAUUGCAUUAUGGACCUCCCGACCCUCAACCUGGAUUGUGACCUGGGGAGAUGCCCCCACCAAGUUGAGAGUGACACUGGCAGCAUGCAAUGCCUGUGCACCAGGGCUUGCUCAGGACAGUGCAGCUGCCUGGAGACCUCAGCAGGAGUCCCAUUACGACCUGGCCAACGUGAAGGAGCAGGCUCCCUCCACUUCUGGUCAUUCAGAGCUGGAUUGGGCAGCAGUUCCUGCCCAAGAACCUUACUACCCUCCUCUUGUGAGCAGAGAGAUUGGACACAGCCGGAAGGUGCCUCCUGCCCUGAAUGGACUUCCCCAGCUGAUGUCGGAGCAGCUCACCAGGAUGGAUGUGGAGCUCUUUGUGAAGGCAGAGCCCAACCAGUGCCUGGGGUCCAUGUGGUCCCGGAGAUACAACAAGGGCAAGCCACGCCUGGCCCCUAGCAUCCAGGUCAUCUUGAUACACUUUAACAAGGUCGUGUCCUUGGUUACAACCCACUGUCUUGGGGACCUCAGCAUGAACACCUCAGUCAGGGCGCAUCUGCUGGAAUUUUGGAUCCAGGCGGCUGAGGGUUGCCGCGUCCUGAGGAAUUUCUCCUCACUGCACGCCAUCAUGUCUGCCCUGCAGAGCAGAGCCAUCUCUCGUCUGCACAGGUCAUGGCAACAGGUCUCCAGGAAGGACUUGCUCACAUUCCAAAAGCUGGCCGAGAUCACCUCUCCUGAAAACAACUACUCUAAGAGUAGAGAGCUGCUACUGAAGGAGACCCGCAAGCUGGCGAAGCUGCUCAAAGGAGGUCCUAGGCAGUCUAAAAAGAUGGGGAUGAUCAAGGGCAUCGUGCCCUAUCUGAGAAUCUUCCUGAAAGAUUUCCUCGUGGUUCACCUGGCCUACGUGGAUGCCCAGGAUGAGAAAAGCAAAGAGAAGAAUUUGAUACGGGAAAUCGAGAUCCUCGAUCAGAUGAGAGAGCUGCAACGCAGUUGCCGCUUUUAUAAUAUUCGAGUGGACCACCAUUUUACUGAGUGGUUCAGGGGCCUGGAGCGGCUCAGCAAGGAUGCCAGCUACGAGCUGUCCUGUACGCUGGAGCCCUGCAGUCCCACUGACUGUCCAAGCAAGAAGCGCUCAGCCAUUGGCAAUCCUGACAAGAAUGGCGGCUCCCAGCCACUCCAAAUGACCUUUCUCCAGAGGACAAAGAAGAAGCUUAGAGCCUGUUUCAGCUUUCUUCCCAGGAAAAGAAAGGGCCAAAACAUUAAUAUCAUCUCACCUUAGUCUGGCUGGACUGGGGCUAAUCACCACAAACCUAAGGUGGCCCAGGCCACACCUCCCCUGCGUUCACCGCCAA